GCCGGCGCCUCAGCGGGCACUGGGGUCUGUUCCCCCUUCCCCGUCCCUGCUCCCUGCCAGGCGCGCGCGGGACGCCGCUCUUGGUCCCCACGCCCCCGCCCCGCCCCGCCCCGUCCCGGGACGCCGGAGAGCCCCCUGCCGCCCUUUAUCCGGCGUCCGCUGGUCCUGGGCCCUGAAACCCGGGCCUCCUCCCCGCGGGGCUUGGGCGUCCCUCUUGGUCCUGCGCUCGCUGCCUCGGUGCUAUCUCUGGCGCGGCCUCUGCUCCCACCGACGGGCCUGAGAACGAGGUCUGUGCCUCAGUCUCCCAGCCGCGACCUCCGACCCCGGCUCGCAGAACGAUCAGAGCCGGACUCCCGAGCCCCCUUCUCAGCAGCCGGGUGACGUGGCCAGUUUAUUUCUGUUUUGAAACGAACGGCGAGGACUCGCGUCGGGCCUUCGUUCUAGGGCUAGACUUGGUGUCUGAUCGCCGAGAGGUAGAGCAGGGGCGCCGGGCCCCCGGCAGGGAUCCUGUCGGAAGCCGGCUGCGCUUCUGUUUGCGUUCUCAGAAUCCUCUCUGUUUGCUUUUGGUUUGUUUCGUUUGGCCUCUGGGGCCCUGGUAAAACCAGGCACCGAAUCGCUCGCACACAGCAAGAGCUCCAGUCCCUGCCUGCGGUCUCCUCUCAGCAGCUGGGGUUCCCAGGAGAAUGCCCUGCAAGAUGGUUCCAUCGGCCAUGGCGCUCCUGAGAGGCUGUCAGUGCUGAGUCAUCGAUCCGUCUAGCUCAUUCGGGUGGGCAGAACUUGUGUGUGCCAUGCGAGUGGCUCCUGGCCGCUCCUGAGUGGGAGGCGGGGUUCCUGUAGCCAUUGCGUCUCCUCACGCGACGAGCAGAGUAGAAGGAGGCUCUGGCCCCUUCCCUUGUGCCCGCUGAGCCUGCUGCGGUGGUUCAGCAGCCCCGUCAGUAGCCUGCCUGAGGACCCGUGCCAGAGCCAGGCAUUCUUCAGGAAAUGCCCACUGAGGCCGGCUCCGGCUCCUCUGGUUGGGGGCUGUUGUUUUUGAUUGAUCGUGUGCUUUCCCCUAACUUCUUAUUGCUUGCUGUCAUCUGUUGACUUAGGCCCAGUCUGCAGAUGUGUAUAGUACUCCUUUUUGGGUUAGCUUUGGCGGUAUUUAGUUUUACUUCCUCCUCUUUCUACUGGAAGACAGACCAUAGUCCUAGUGUGAGUGAAAUUGAUUGUUACAUGUAUUGCCGUGUGGGCUGGGGGUUAGAUCCGCACCUUCACAGUUGAAGACCAGGCAGAGGGAGUUGUGAAGACAGGACAGUCAAUCUUCUUGGGGAUGCUGAGCCUGGAAGCCAGUGUGCCUUGCUCUGUUGUUGGCCUCAUUGACCCCAGGUUCCCUGGUUAAAACUUCAGGCCUACCACUGGCCUGGUGCCCAUCAAUCCAUUGAUCCUUGAGGUUGUGCCCCGUGGGGCACCCACAUGGCAGGGCCUACCACCAUGCGACUGAGCUCCCUGUUGGCUCUGCUGCGGCCAGCGCUUCCCCUCAUCCUAGGGCUGUCUCUGGGGUGCAGCCUGAGUCUCCUGCGGGUUUCCUGGAUCCAGGGGGAGGGAGAAGAUCCCUGUGUGGAAGCUGUAGGGGAGCGAGGAGGGCCACAGAAUCCAGAUUCAAGAGCUCGGCUAGACCAAACUGAUGAAGACUUCAAACCCCGGAUUGUCCCCUACUACAGGGACCCCAACAAGCCCUACAAGAAGGUGCUCAGGACUCGGUACAUCCAGACAGAGCUGGGCUCCCGUGAGCGGUUGCUAGUGGCUGUCCUGACCUCUCGAGCUACACUGUCCACUUUGGCUGUCGCUGUGAACCGUACAGUGGCCCAUCACUUCCCUCGGUUACUCUACUUCACUGGGCAGCGGGGAGCCCGGGCUCCAGCAGGGAUGCAGGUGGUGUCUCAUGGGGAUGAGCGGCCAGCCUGGCUCAUGUCAGAGACCCUGCGCCACCUUCACACACACUUUGGGGCCGACUACGACUGGUUCUUCAUCAUGCAGGAUGACACAUAUGUGCAGGCCCCCCGCCUGGCAGCCCUUGCUGGCCACCUCAGCAUCAACCAAGACCUAUACUUAGGCCGGGCGGAGGAGUUCAUUGGUGCAGGCGAGCAGGCCCGGUACUGUCAUGGGGGCUUUGGCUACCUGUUGUCACGGAGUCUCCUGCUUCGUCUGCGGCCACAUCUGGAUGGCUGCCGAGGAGACAUUCUCAGUGCCCGUCCUGACGAGUGGCUUGGACGCUGCCUCAUUGACUCUCUGGGCGUCGGCUGUGUCUCACAACACCAGGGGCAGCAGUAUCGCUCAUUUGAACUGGCCAAAAAUAGGGACCCUGAGAAGGAAGGGAGCUCGGCUUUCCUGAGUGCCUUCGCCGUGCACCCUGUCUCCGAAGGUACCCUCAUGUACCGACUCCACAAACGCUUCAGCGCUCUGGAGUUGGAGCGGGCUUACAGUGAAAUAGAACAACUGCAGGCUCAGAUCCGGAACCUGACGGUGCUGACCCCCGAAGGGGAGGCAGGGCUGAGCUGGCCCAUUGGGCUCCCUGCUCCUUUCACACCACACUCUCGCUUUGAGGUGCUGGGCUGGGACUACUUCACAGAGCAGCACACCUUCUCCUGUGCAGAUGGGGCUCCGAAGUGCCCACUACAGGGGGCCAGCAGGGCAGACGUAGGUGAUGCGUUGGAGACUGCCCUGGAGCAGCUCAAUCGGCGCUAUCAGCCCCGUCUGCGCUUCCAAAAGCAGCGGCUGCUCAAUGGCUACCGGCGCUUCGACCCGGCACGGGGCAUGGAGUACACCCUGGACCUACUGUUGGAAUGUGUGACUCAGCGUGGGCACCGGCGGGCCCUGGCUCGCAGGGUCAGCCUGCUGCGGCCACUGAGCCGGGUGGAAAUCCUCCCCAUGCCCUAUGUCACUGAGGCCACCCGAGUACAGCUGGUACUACCACUCCUGGUGGCUGAAGCUGCUGCAGCCCCGGCUUUCCUUGAGGCCUUUGCAGCCAAUGUCCUGGAGCCACGAGAACAUGCGUUGCUCACCCUGUUGCUGGUCUACGGGCCACGAGAAGGUGGCCGUGGAGCUCCAGACCCAUUUCUUGGGGUGAAGGCUGUAGCAGCUGAGUUAGAGCGACGGUACCCUGGGACGAGGCUGGCCUGGCUCGCUGUGCGAGCAGAGGCCCCUUCCCAGGUGCGACUCAUGGACGUAGUCUCGAAGAAGCACCCCGUGGACACUCUCUUUUUCCUCACCACUGUGUGGACCAGGCCUGGGCCCGAAGUCCUCAACCGCUGUCGCAUGAAUGCCAUCUCUGGCUGGCAGGCCUUCUUUCCAGUCCAUUUCCAGGAGUUCAAUCCGGCCUUGUCACCACCGAGAUCACCCCCAGGGCCCCCGGGGGCUGGCCCUGAUCCCCCCUCCCCCCCUGGUGCUGACCCCUCCCGGGGGGCUCCUACAGGGGGCAGAUUUGACCGGCAGGCUUCUGCGGAGGGCUGCUUCUACAACACUGACUACCUGGCGGCCCGAGCCAGGCUGGCAGGUGAACUGGCAGGCCAGGAAGAGGAGGAAGCCCUGGAGGGGCUGGAGGUGAUGGAUGUUUUCCUCCGGUUCUCAGGGCUCCACCUCUUUCGAGCCGUAGAGCCAGGGCUGGUGCAGAAGUUCUCCCUGCGGGACUGCAGCCCACGGCUCAGUGAGGAACUCUACCACCGCUGCCGCCUCAGCAACCUGGAGGGGCUGGGGGGCCGUGCCCAGCUGGCCAUGGCUCUCUUUGAGCAGGAGCAGGCCAAUAGCACUUAGCCCCUCUCAGGGCCCUAACCUCCUCAGCUUUGCUUUCCCCCGGCCCCAGGAAGGGCAAGGCAAGGUGGUUCACAGAUAGCUUGUUGCUGUAUUUUUAAAGUAUGAUAAUGUUAUUAAACGUGUCUUCUGCUAAA